UCACAACAUCCGGGCCCCCGGGGCCCGCGGCCGGUUGCUAUGGAGACAAGUCGCCACCACUGAAAGGACUAGCAAAGCUGCUUGAAUCAGCCAACAGUUCCUCUCUGCUUCUUUAAUUAGGUGCAGUUUAAAAGAUCCUUCUCUGCGUUCGCCAGCCUUUUUGCCAUCUACUGCAAGAGAAGAUUGCAUUUACCGGAAAAUUUUACGGAGAGGACGACAAUGACGGACUGCGACUGGGAUAAGAGAAAUACUUCAAAUUCAGACACAGAAAUGAAGCUUGACCAAUCACCUCCUUGUGUGAACCCUGGCAAUCCAGUGUUUUCAUGCAUGUUGGACCCAAAGACACUUCGUACGGCCACCUCACUAUCAAAACCCCAGAUGAUUCUGUAUAAAACUAAUUCAAGUCACUAUGGCGAAUUUUUACCUAUUCCGCAGUUUUUGCCCUGCAAUUACACUCCAAAGGAACAAGUAUUUUCAAGCCACAUCAGAGCGACUGGAUUUUAUCAAAACAACAGUCUAAAUAUUGCACCUGACAGAACCAGAACUCUUGAUUUUCCUAAUUUUCAGCACACUCUGUGAAAAUACAUUCAUUUUAAGAGAAAAA